AUGCCGAACAUCAAAGUUUUCUCCGGCUCAUCUCAUCCCGAUCUUUCCGCUCGUAUUUGUGAUCGUCUACAACUCGAUGUCAGCAAGGCUUCACUCAAGAAAUUCUCGAAUAAAGAGACGAAUGUCGAGAUCGGCGAGUCGGUGAGAGGCGAAGACGUGUACAUCAUUCAAUCAGCUUGCGGCGAGAUCAAUGACAAUUUGAUGGAGCUUCUCAUCAUGAUCAAUGCUUGUAAAAUCGCGUCCGCGUCUCGUGUAGCCGCCGUGAUUCCGUGUUUCCCAUACGCUCGACAAGACAAAAAGGAUAAAUCUCGAGCGCCAAUCUCGGCAAAACUCGUCGCCAACAUGUUGUCUGUCUCUGGAGCUGAUCACAUUAUCACAAUGGAUUUGCACGCUUCACAAAUUCAAGGCUUUUUCGAUAUUCCGGUGGAUAAUUUGUAUGCAGAGCCGGCGAUUCUCAAAUUCAUUCGAGAAUCGAUUCCGAAUUGGCAACAAUCAGUGAUCGUUUCACCGGACGCUGGUGGAGCGAAGAGAGUCACGAGUAUUGCAGAUCGGCUCAAUGUCGACUUUGCGUUGAUUCAUAAGGAAAGAAAGCGCGCGAAUGAGGUCGAGAAAAUGACUUUGGUGGGCACAGUGAAAGAUCGAGUCGCAAUUCUCGUUGACGACAUGGCGGACACUUGUGGAACGAUUUGUUUAGCAGCUGACAAGCUCGUGGAAGCCGGCGCGUCAAAAGUCUUCGCUUUCUGUGUUCACGGGAUUUUCUCUGGUCCAGCGCUGCAACGAUUGAAUAAUUCGGCUUUUGAAGCGGUUGUCGUCACAAAUACAAUCCCACAAGAGGAAAAUAUGAAGAAAUGCCCGAAAAUUCAGUGCAUCGACAUUUCGAUGAUUCUAGCUGAAGCAAUUCGUCGAACGCACAACGGAGAAUCUGUUUCGUAUCUUUUUAGUCAUGUUCCAAUUUGU